AUGGCGCUCGUGACGACGACGCCGAUCGCGCGCGCGCGCGCGCGACCGCAGACGAGGCGUCGAACGCCGCGCGCGCGCGCGAGGGAGACGGAGGACGCGACGCGAGGGACGAAUGAAUACUCGAAUGAAACGAAAUUGCGAAGCGAGGCGCAAGCCCCGUUCCGCGUCGCGCGACAGUUCCUCUACGGUGGUCUGUGCGCGAGCGCGACGAUCGGGCUCGGGAUCGCGACGAUACAAGGGGUCUCCGGGGCCAUGGGGGCGCCGAACGCGCCGCCGAUGGAGGCGUCGUUGGAAAACGUCGCGGUGGACGGCGUCGCGUUGGCGGCGUUCGGGACGCUGUAUCGACGCGAGGACGACGCGCGGGCGCGACAGAUGGCGCGGAUCGGACGAGAGGAACGAUUGGGGCGAUUGCGGUGCGAAUUGGGGGGGAAUGGGAAGACGGUGCGACUUGAACAACUUCGCGGGUUCUCGCGCGUGGUCGUCGUCUCGGGCGACGCGGAGUACGUGAACGACGCGAUCGCGGACGCGGAGGCGGUGCGAGAGGCGUUGAUGGAGCGCGGGGUGUUGAUCGUUCCCGUGUUGAACGGAGCGAGCGCGGACGGGGAGGUGGCGCCGGUGGGGGGGGAGGAUCGAAAGUUUCGAGCGACGCCUCUGCGCGCGAACGAGUGGCUCGAAUGGAUUCGGGAGCAAAAGAGCAUGGCCAAGGUCGGCGACGACGUCGGCGUCUACGUCGGUCUCCGCAUGGAUGGUCGCGUGCGGAGCUCAGGGACCGGUCGCGUUCCUUUCGCGCGUUUCGCCCAGGAAUUGCCGCCGACGGACGGGUGGGGAGGCGCCCUGGACGGAUUCGACGGCAGAGUCGGCGUCGAUACGUAA